AAAGAGUGAACCAUAUUGAACUUAAAAAUUUGAUACCAUCUCAUACCAAGACUCUAUCUACAAAACCACAGGGAAGGAAUCAAUGCUGAGUUUUUUAAUUUUCAAAACCAACGGUCGAAACCAACUUUAACUUAAAUCCUAACGCUUCUCUUUGUAUAUUCAGUAUUUAUACUCAAAACAAUGAUAUGCAUGUGCAUUUCUAUUGCCAAGCAUGAUGAUUCUUGUAAGAAUGAAUGCUCCAAUUAUCUUACAGUUUGUGACCCCUCUAUUAAUCUUGCUAGCAAAACCAACAGGAUCUGUUCCUGUGGGAGUAUGCUAUGGCCGAGUCGCCAGCAAUUUGCCGCCUUCCUCAGAUGUCAUUAACAUAAUCAAAUCCAAUGGGAUUUCACGAAUUCGGUUGUUCAAUGCGGAUCCUGAAGGACUCAGACCAUUCUCAGGGACUGGAAUUGAGCUCAUGAUCGGCAUCCCAAAUGAAGUCCUUCCAACACUUGCAAAUGGCAUGAUUUCCACAUCCAUUAAUUGGCUCCAAUCCAACAUUUUCUCGCAGGUUUCCCCGACCCAAGUUCGGUACCUCGCAGUUGGCAAUGAAGUACUCCUGAAAGACACAUUUUAUUCCCAAUAUCUUGUGCCUGCAAUAAGAAAACUCCAUCUAGCCCUUCAAACAUUAGGCCUGGCGGAUAAAAUCAAGCUUUCCUCUGCUCAUGCCGCUUCAGUUCUUUCCAUUUCCUAUCCUCCAUCAUCCGGGUUGUUUGACCCGAAUCUCCUUUCAGUAAUGACUCCAUUGUUGCAAUUCUUGUCCGAAACGGGCGCGCCACUGAUGGUCAAUGUGUAUCCUUUUUUCAGCUACAUAAACAACAUGCGAUAUGUUUCGUUAGACUAUGCUCUGUUUAAGUCGCCGUUUCCUGAAUUUGAUCAGAGUUUGGGGUACGACAACAUGUUCGACGCGACGGUCGACGCGUUCAUUUACGCGAUGGAGAGGGAAGGAUUCGUGGGUAUUCCGGUGGUGGUGACGGAGACGGGAUGGCCGACUGCCGGAGGAAAUGCCGCCAGUGCGGAGAAUGCUCUGGCUUAUAAUGGUAAUGUGGUGAAAAGGUCGUUGAACAAUCUUGGGACGCCUAAAAGGCCUGGAAUUGGGGUUGAGGUGUUCUUGUUUGAUCUGUUUGAUGAGAGUGACAAAGGCGGGGAAGAGGUGGAAAGGCAUUUUGGGAUCUUUAAACUCGAUGGUCACAAAGCCUAUGAGAUUGGUUUCAACUAAUUUGUAGAAAAAUGAAGCAGUACUUAUUCGCAAGGCGGUUAGAUUCUCCCGCUCUUAUGUGCUCAUUGACUAGAAGUUUCACCACCGGGAGUCAGACCAUAGCUUAAACACGAUGUUAUAGGGGUUGCUUAGUCACCAGACUUUUGCUUCAUCCAUUGUACAAGGAAAAAGAAGAGCACGAGGCACCAAAUUUUAUUGCAGAAUUUUUCAGUAUGUAACAUGUAUGGUUGGGUUGAUUUCAAAAUCAAACUUGUGUACCAUCCAAAUCAUUGCAGAAUAUUUAAGCUAGGCCAAAAAUGUCUCAACAAAAAACACACAUUAUUAAGCGUAUGAAAUUUGGGCUUAUCAAUUGUCAUCA